UCGGUAGUAGUGACUGGUUCAGCGCUUUUGACUCCCGGUCUCCCACCACAACUGCUCUGCUCCUCACACAACUCAAAGCACAAGGGGAGGGAAACCCAACACCACAGUGACACGGUGCCACAAGCCCCUCGGGCCUCGUCUCUCUCUCCAGUGCAGUCUCCACUGCUUCCCUCCCUCCCGCUGCCAAGCACCACCAGCUCGCGGGAAAGGGUAAUGGCUGCCUAGCCUAGCUCAGCAAUAAGCAAGAAGCAGGAGUAGUAGGGAGGCAAUGGGUUGCUGCAUCAGCAAGAAGUGCGACGAGCCGCCUGGCGCGUCGGCUGGGGAAGCUUCCCGGCGUCGGUCGGAGGCGCGCGACCCACCGCCACCCCCGCCGGAGGAGGAGACGGUGAAGGAGGUGCUCUCGGAGACCCCGAAGGCCAAGCCAAGGCCCAGGCCGAGGCGCGUGGCCGCGUCGGCGGGGCAAGAAGCAGGGGAGACGGCGGCCAAGCCGAAGCUUGGCACUGCUAGGGCGAAGGAUGGUGGUGGCGGUGGCGGCGGCAGGCCGCGGGUGCGUCGGGCGGUGGGGCCGGCGCGUUCCGGGCCUUCCGGCGACGAGAAGUCGGAGGUGGCGUCCGAGUCCUCGGCCGCGACCACCGCGACAGGCCCCGAACGGUCCCCGGCGAAGGCGUCCAGGAGGCGGGCGGCAGCCGUGUCCGGCGAGGUCGCGCGCGGCGCCAGGCGGGAACGAGGCGUCCCCGGCGGCGCCGGCGGGCGCCCAGGCGGCGGCCGCGCGUCCCCCUCGCCGCCGCCGCCGCAGCAGCCGCGGCGGCGCGAUACCGUUACCGGGGAACGGCCGGCGCGGAGGUCCCCGUCGCCCGCGGCGAAGCGGACGCAGGAGCAGCGCCGUACGGUCGCGGGCGCCGGUUCCGCAGCCUCUGGGACGCAGCGUAAGCCGCCUGUGCCCAUGGCGAGGCCCUGUGGGCGCGCGUCGCCGCGGCGUGGGCAGGAGGCGCCCGCGCCCGCGCAUCCCGAGCUGUCGCCGCCGCCGGCGCAGCCACGCGAGCCUGAGGAUUGUUGUGCGUCUCCGCCGCCGGUGCUACCAGAGGAGAAUGCCGGGUCGGCCGACGCCGCCGUUGCCGGCGUCGGUGAGGGGAAGGAGUCGCUUGACAACCCGUUGGUGGCCAUGGAGUGCUUCAUCUUCCUGUAGCGCUCACUGACCUUCUCCUCUCCCAUUCUCAGCUGUCACCUGUCAGCCAAAUUUCUCCACAGUAACGAGCUAGCUUUAGCAGUGUAAUUUGGUGAGUAAUCACGUCGUGUAAAACGUUCCCCUGGGUUGGCUUUUUUUUAUCCCCGCGGGAGAAAAAUUACUCCCAUGUUAUUUCCGUAGCGGCUAGCGCCGUCAGAUUCAGAUCACAAGGCUCUCUGACGUACUGUUGUAGUGUCGUUGUCUCGCGUUGCUUUUGUUAUGUUAUCUGUAGAGUACCUCCGAAUCUCGGAUCAUGCAUGUCUAGUUCUAAUCUUCUGUUACUUUUGCAAUGCCGAAUCAUUUCAGAGCUGGAAAGGCAUUCCAUUUGUUAUAGAGUAUAUUUGCCAUCCUCUA